AACCGAAUAGCUUGUGUGUACAUUCUAGAGCAACCCUAUUUUCUUGAACCAAUGAAACAGCCUUACUCGUCUUCGCUCAAAUAUUUAUUGCAACAACUGUUCUGUCUCUUCACUUACAAACCCUGUAACUCCGAGAUAUAAAAACGAAACGAACAACAAACAUGUUUGAUCUGGGAAUAUUCAGACAAAUACUUAUCGGGAUCGUCUGCAACCUAUUGAUCAUUGACAGCGGAUUGCACGAAGGAUGGAGCACUCCCAUCAUACCAAAGUUCGAACAAACCGAUCCCUUGAAAGUGUCCACGGACAAAGUGGCCUGGGUGGUGAAUUUGAUGUACGUCGGAGUUGGCCUAGGCUCUGUCAUCCCUUUUCUCCUGAUGGACAGGAUUGGUCGUAAAGGAACUUUACUGUUCGCUACGGUACCGAAGAUUUGCAGUUGGAUUCUAAUCGGUCUGGCGGCCACCGUUCCUCAACUUUACGUUGGCCGAAUACUGGCCGGAAUUGGGUGCGGGAUAACUUACGCGGUGUUGCCGAUAUACAUCGGCGAAGUCAGCAGUAAAAGGACACGUGGGCCUUUAGGUACCCUGAUGGCGGUGCUCCUAAACACAGGCGUGAUGAUGGCAUACGCGAUCGGUCUGUGGACAACUCGGUUCACUAUGUCCAUGGUCUGCGUUUCUAUUCCAUUCCUGUUCCUGCUGUCCUUCAUCUGGCUACCAGAAAGCUCGGUGUUCCUCACCAAGAAGAAGAAGCUAACCUCCGCGGAGAAAACGUUGAAGUGGGCGCUAGGAAAGGAUGACGUCGAGGAGGAGCUAGAAGAGAUCAAACGGAUUAUCGCCACGGAGGAUUCCGGUUCCGAUGAGGCCAGACCGUUGAAGGAGAUAUGGUCCAGGCGGGAAAAUCGAAAAGCUUUUGGUAUCGCGAUGAUUGUUCUGAGUGCGUUGACCUUAACCGGGGCCACGCCACUACUGGCUUAUCAGUCAUUCAUAUUCAAGGAGGCAGGCUUCGAGAUCUCGACGAAUGUCAGCAUCGUAAUGACCGGUUGCGCCAUUGUCUUAGCCGGGUCGGUGUGCGUGAUGCUGGUCAGAAGCAUAGGCAAGAGGAUGCUACUGCUGAUCUCGACGCCUGUGUGUGUGCUGUCGUUGGCGAUGCUGGCAAUCUUCUUCGGGCUUCUCUCGCACGGCGAAGACGUCGCUAACCUACGAUGGAUGCCCACCGUGUUCCUGGUGAUUUAUGUCUUCGGCUACGGCCUAGCCCUGAACCCCGUGCCGCUCGCCUACGUCGGCGAGAUUUUCCAUGUCGACGUUAAGGUGCCCGCGGCCAUAUUUUGCUCCCUUUAUUACGCCCUCACCACUUCCGUCGUCGUGAAAUUCUAUCAGGUACUGCAACAAUCGUACGGAACGUAUAUGCCCAUGUUGGUGUUCAUGGCAAUCACAUGCUUCGUUUGGAUUCUGAUCUACCGAUUCGUGCCGGAGACUGAAGGAAAGACCUUGGAGGAAAUACAAAUUGAGUUGAGAGGGAAACACGGAAUCGUUAUUGACUCACCGAAACGUCAUAAAAUAUCUAUUUAAUAAAUGAAAGACAUCG